GUCAUAGGAGAAUGUGUCAUUGAUUCUUGUUACAGGUUGCGCGACUCUUAAGUAUUUGAAAGGUGAUAAAAUGGCAGUGACGAUGAGCUUCGGUGACAGAGUAUUACGUAAUACUACUAUAUCCGGGAGAAAGCCUAAACCCGUGUGUAUGAACCUGCCUGGUGGUGUUUCAAAGUUUUGCGGUCGAGUUUACGGGAUAUCACGCGACGGGGAUCAAUUUAGAGCUUGUUUGGGACUUGAAUUGAGGGCUUUGGACGACGUCGAGGCAGCAUUGAGAGUAUCAUGUUUCCGUUUUGGACCUCAAGGAAUGAAGGUAGAGCCCGGCCAACCGUUACCUUCGUUGGCUCAAGGUGAGGAUGAAGACGACGAAGAUGACGACGAAGAUGACGACGAUGAUGACGAUGACGAUGACUACGGUUUGGGUGCUGCCGACGAAGAAGAAGAUGAUGAUGAUGAUGUGGCUGAAGAAGAAUCCGAAAAUGACGUAGACUCGACUGGUUAUACUGGAUUCAGCGCUUUAAGUUCAGACUUUUUAAGUAGCUUGUUUGGAGGUGGUGCCGCAGCAGCAGAAGAAGAUGAUGUAGUGGAAAAUGUAAAACCUUCUACAGUUAAGCCUGUUACCGUCAAAACUAAAGCAACAACAGCAGCUUAUUCGACUAGUCAACAAACUGAAAAACAAGUGAGUGUUGAGUCUGUUACAUCAACUUCAUACACCGUUAGCGUUGUACAAGAUUCAGAGACGUCUACUUUAGCGUCACUAGAUGAAAACCCCACAGAUCGUGUCGAAACGAUUCCUAAUAGUGUUCAAGUAUCUGCGUCCACAUCGGCAACUACAAAUAAAAAGGAUAAAGACUAUGAUGAUGACGAGGAUGAUGACGAUGAAGAUGACGACGACAUAGUGUCAGAUAUUAUUGAUUCGGCCGCUGACGUUGUUGGUAUUUCCGAUACCGAAAAAAACCAAACCACUAGCACGGGGACAGUAACGAAUAAAACCGUUGUAACCGUUACUGAAGCCACAACAGCAGCUGUUGCUUCAAGCAGUGUUACACCGGCUGUUAAAGGUCAGGAAAAUGAUGAUGAUGAUGAUGAUGAAACGGAAGAGGAUGAUGACGAUGACGAAUCGUUUAGAAGUCUUAAAGAAUUAACGCCAAUAGCCAUAGUACCUAAUGAUAGAAGAGGUCGAUCUCACAGACGGAUGAGAUUGUCUUCUUCAGAUCCAGAUGAAACGGCUAUACAUUUCAUGAAGAAAGUAUGACCACUAUGAAAAAUUAUUGCUCAUUGUUUACUCAACAAAAAUCUACAGCGUUUCUUCAAGGACGCUUAGGUGUAUAUAAGUAAUGUUAAAGUUAAUUUAUUUAUUUAUUGAAAUGAAUUUAUUUGGAAUAAAAAAAUAAUUAUUCUAUGAAAAAUCGCAUUGAAAGUACGUUAUAAAACGCUCAUUUAUAUUUAUUAUUUAUUAUUUCCUGUAGCUCAUAUUGAUUGCGUUUAUUACAUACGUGUAUAUAAAAUAUAUAUUAAUUAGUUUUUAUAAAA